AUGUGCUCACCAAUUAUUGAAGCGGGAAAAUACAAAAUACGCUCUAGCAGUCACAACUUCCGUAAGGCUGCAAAAUUUACGGGUAAAACUUCUGCCAGUAUUCUUGCUUCUUCCGCCGCCUUUAUCGGCUUAGAUUACCUUGCUUCCUACUUCCUGGAAAACCCAGAUAUCAGCGCCAUUCUAUUAACUUCCAUUGGCUUAUUCGGAAUAACGAUACUUUUGCUAACCACACACUACAUAAUGAAGCUGUACAAAAAAUUUAAAAAUACAAAUCAUCGGGAGGAAAGUAAUAAUGAGCAAAAUCCUCCCCUUACUAGCAUUGAACUGCAAACCCUGCGCCAAAUAGCGUCGCAAUUAAGCCCCACGCAUUAA